UUCAAACUUUAUAACUUUUCUGCCACUCAUAAUCCUUCUCUUUCCUCUCCCGAUCCAACAUCUUAUCCUUUUCAUUCUUCUCCCGAUCUCCUUCUUCAGAUCAAUCUCCUAAGAUAAAGUCUACUCAUCGAUCCCUUGAGGCUUCAUAUUUAGCGUGUUGUGAUGGCCACACCAGGCGGAUUCAUUCCAGGACAAUAGUGAUGAGUUGUUGUCGAGUUCUCCUGCUAUGGCGACAUCCUUCUCUUACUCACAGGUCAUAAAUUGGCUCCAUUUUAUCUUGUGCAAUGGAAAUCAGUAUAGAGCGAUGUCUUGGGCUCUUGACAGUGCCUCGAUUUCAUGUAAAAAAGAUACAGAUCUCGAGAAGAAAGGGCUCACAAUAGGGGGUUUUUUCUUCUGGUUUAGCAAUCUGGUGAGGAGAUGUUUUUGAGAACCAGGAUAGAAAAUGCGCUUAAGUUGGCUUUCAAGAUGCCAAAUACCAUGAUGCUCCCUUUCGGGCUCUGUGGGUGCCAAGAACAGAACACUCCUGGGAGAGAGUUUGGGGAUAUUGAAGAUGAUGGCAGAAGUGGGACCCACAAUUCAAGCCCAAAAGAUGUGCAGCAAAUGCCUUUACAUAGUUCUUCAUUCAUAGUUUCAGUAGAUGAAUGGCAGACUGUGCAAUCUGGUGAGGAUGAGAUUGAGAAGUGGUUGUUAAGCUCAGAUAUGCUUGAAUUUACUGAGCAAAUAGGACUUUAUACCUUCAAAGGGAUAUACAAGGGGGGAAAACGCCGGGAUUGAGAAGCUCAAAGGGUGUGAAAAGGGGAACUCAUAUGAGUUUGAGCUUAAAGGAGAUUUGCUGGAGUUGAUGACUUGUGAACAUAAGAGUAUAUUGGAUUUUCAUGGGGGUUUGCAUUGAUGAUAAUCAUGAAUUGUGUAUUGUCUUUAAGGUAAUGAAAGGCGGGUCUAUUCAUGACUUUCUCUCAAAGAACAGAAAACUGCACACUAAAGAGAUUAUGAAGAUUGCCUGUGAUGUGGCUGAGGGACUUGCAUUCAUGAAUGAUCACGGAGUUCCCUAUAUAGACCUAAAUACGCAGAAGAUCUUGUUCGACAAAUCUGGGGAUGCUUGCCUUGGCGACAUGGGAAUAGUGGCUGCUUGCAAUAACACUGAUGGCUAUAGGUGGCUAUGGAUUAUGAAACUGAUGGCUAUAGGUGGCUAGCUCCUGAGAUCAUUACAGGUGACCCUGAAAAUAUUACAGAAACAUGGAUGAGCAAUGUAUAUAGUUUUGGGAUGAUAUUAUGGGAAUUACUGACGGGGGAGGAAGCGUAUUGCUCUUUUUCACCAGUGCAGGCUGCUGUAGGGAUAGCUGCUUGUGGCCUUAGACCAGAAAUCCCCAAGGAGAGUCCUCAAAUUCUGAGAUCUUUGAUGACCAAGUGCUUGAACAAUUACCCUUCUAAGUGUCCUCACUUCUCUGAAAUUUUAUCAACUCUGACCCAUCCGUGCAACAGUAACAACACCAAUACUACUAGGUAAUUAUGAAUGAAUGUUUUCCAUUCUCUGUACAAAAAAUAUACAUUAUAAAGAAGGUUGUUGUUUUUCUUGUUAAAAAAAGAAGAAGAAAAAGAUGCUUUAACGUUGAUUACCUUGUCACAAAUUGUUCAAUCAAGGCUAUUAGCUCAAUGGGUAAAGCAAUGUGCAAUUUUGCAUGUAGGUGUGGGUUCGAGUCCCGCAUAGCCUAAAUUUGCAGAUUAUUACAAGAUCAAUGUUCAUGAAUUAAUGUUGCC